AUCCUACCAAGACCAUGUCGUCCACAGACGAUCUCCAAACCAUCCCUGCACGCCAUGGUACAGCCACGUUCGUGCCCAAGGGCAGCACGAUCAAGAUUGUAAACACCUCGGGCACCCAAACCGACGACAAGGAUAAGAGCUAUCAAGAGCAGGACGAGAAGGAGAACUCGCAGAAGAGGAAGACAAGCAGCAGCGAGAAGACGAAAAAAAGGCAAGACGAGGAAGAGAACAAGAAGAAGGAGCAAGAAGAGAAGGACAAGGCUAGCAAGAAGAAGGGCAACAGGAAGUCGCGAGGAAGCUUGGACUUGCCUUCGCAAGAAGAGGCAGAGGCUGCCACAUCCCAGCAACAGCAAUUGGCUGAUGCCGAGUCCAAGCAGCAGUCGACCCCGACCAAGAGCAGCUGGGCUUCGUACCUUCCUUCUUUGCGCGGAAGAAAGCAAGUCACUGAUGGAAGUGCCAAAGAGGAUGGCAAGGCCUCCGAGAAGAAGGAUGAGACUGCCUCGACAGAAGAGUCUGACAAGAAACAAGACAAGGAGAAUUCGAGAAAAUGGGGCAGUUAUUUGCUCAAGGGUCAGGGCGUUACCAGUUAUCUGCCCAGCAAAGGAGCCAUCUCUGCUUUCGCCGCUCAGCAUGCACGCGAUCCCAACAAGACGUAUGCAGAGCAACUUGCCGACUUUUCUCGAACCCCAGUCGGAGCUGCAUCUCUAUCAGCUCUUACUGGUUCUGGAUCCGUUUCUUCUCUCUAUGCUGGCUACAGUGCCUGGAACGCCAUGCAUGGUGACUCGGCCCAAAUGGAGUAUCUGAGCAUGCCGCAUACCCGCGCCUCGACCUUCCACAUGGUCCCUCGCGUCAAUGACGUUCUUGUCUCCAACUUGAGAGAGCCCAUGUUGACCCUCAUCGAAGACACUAGUUCUGGUGUGCACGACACCUUGAUCCCCGCUUGCGAUCCUCAACGUUACAAGGCUCUGGAGAUAGAAGAUUGGGAACAGCAUGGCUCAUGUGCUGAGAACUUGGUUCUUGCACUCAAAGAGCUCAACGACCGCGCUGGUCUCAAGGGACCCAAGGGUGUUGGUGCUUCGGUCACUGUCAACUCGGUCCCGGCACCACUCAAUCUCUUCAUGAACAUCCCAUGGAAGGGUGAUAANGGGGAUCUCUCAUUCGAACCUCCCAAGUGCAAAGAGGGCGAUUACGUACGCUUCAAGGCCGAAAGAGACAUUGUGGUCAUCAUGUCUGCAUGCCCCAACGAUGUGCAGCAGAUCAACAAGGGUCAGUCCAAGGACGGACACUUCUUGGUUGAGCACGCCGAUGACUCGGAAGAUGAAGAAGCUCCCAUCGAAGUCAAGAAGGCUGAGACCAAGACUGACAAGAAGAAGCCACGCAAGUUGGGCAAAAAGGAUGAAGCCAAGCCCGAGGGGAAGACAAAGACUGAGAAGUCGGAGGAACCAAAGGUGGAAAAAGCACCUCUUCCCAAAACUCCCGCGAUUGAGAAGUCAGAGACUGCUUCUUCACCUGCUCCCAAAUCCAAGAGCAAACCAAAGAACGACAAGCCCGAAGAACAGAAGAAGGCUGAGAAGAUUCCCCUGCCCGAAACACCUGCGACCGAGAAGUCGGAGGCCGCCUCUUCUCCUGCACCGCCGAAACAGCUCAAGGGUAAGCCCCAAAAGCUAGCCGAUGAAGCACAGAAAAAGGCAGAAAACACGCCACUUCCCGAGACGCCUGCCAUCGAGAAGUCUGAAUCUGCCGCCUCUCCUGCUCCCGCAUCGUCUUCAGGACAAGCUACGCCUAAGCCCAAGGGCAAGCCCAAGAAGUUGGUUGACUCUGCGACGGGUGAGAAGAAGAAGCCCCGUAAGCUGGAGUCGAGGGCCAAGGGUACCGCUACCCCCAAGUCUGGGUCUGCCGCAAGUCAACAGGGCGAUGCGACUGCCGGUGCUGAGAAAGGAGGGAGU